AUGCUAGCUUCCUCUCCGAAUCCACGUAACCAUCACCACCAAACGCAACAACCACCUCUCGCCACCGGUUUCACACCAUCACAACCACUGUCAUUUCAACAGAUCUCUGAACAGCUAGCCGCUCAAGAUCCAUACAGCCAGCAACUACUCAAUAGUUACCUCGAAUCGCAAAGGCAGGCCUACAGUACGCAGGCUGCUGCACAAAACAACUUCGAAGUCAACCCAUCUCAGUUCAUGACGAACGCCUACGACUUUACGAACCCUGCGAUCAGGAUUCAGCAAUCGACACCGACGGCGCAAUACCCCUCGACCUUCGCGCACACCUUCAUGCCAUCGGCGAACAGCGCCACCGCAUCUGGUUUCGAUAACUGGGCGUUUUCACAAAGCAAUGGACAGAGCAACGGACAGGCGCUGCAGACACCGAAGGAUACCCGGACACACCAGCGCACGACUUCGUCCUCGUCAACAGCGUCCAACCGGUCUCCGAACCGAAGAGGAUCAGCCACAUCCUACGCGUACGUCGCGAACUCCGAGAAUUUGCCUCCGUCGUCUGCGAUUGAGGUUGACACAUCAACCAGGGCUGACGAAGACUCAAGUGCAUUCUCGAACCAUCUCCCGACUCCUUCCCAGACACCGACGAACGAGGCCUUCAUGAACAACAACAACUACAACUCCAUUUCCAUGGGCAACACCGCGCAGGCCAUGGCGGCGCAUCAGUCGAUGAAGCAGGCGCUCAUGGAUCAGCACAGUGCCGAGGAUGAGGUGCCGGGCUUCGCACACUCUGCACGGCAGUCAGUGUCCAGCUACGGGCACGACUCACCGGCAACACCUCGUACAACGCACGAAGACCUUGAGGAGAGGUUCAGGAUGGCUCCUAACGGUGAGACUCCUCUGCGCAAAGUCGAUUCAUGGCUUUUCGACGAGUUCCUGACUUACGAUGAUGACGCAGAGAUGCGACCGCACAACACCAUUUCGAAGAUGGAGGGAACCUAUCCGGGAGCGUCAAUGGAGGGUCUCUAUGACGGCGCCUCCAUCAUUCCUUCUUCGCAGCCGAUGGUGCCAACGGCAGCCGCGCAGCCCGGGACGCUUCUGUCGCCGUUCCGACACCAGAACCCCAAUACCCUCAUGCAAAGCCGGUUGCAGGCAGCGCAGAACGCGCGGUCGCAGUCGCCGUCAAGCAAUGUGGGUCGCGCAGUGUCGCCAUUUCGACAAAACUCGCCCUACGUAAACUCUCCCCACUUCCGCGUCGGCACUGUCGCAGAGCAGCGCGAGCAGACGCUCGAGGCUGAUGCGGCGCAUGCGAUGAAGGCAAACGUUGCAGAGGAGCCGAAGACGAUAUCGCCCAAGGAUGCGUUGUUGGACUACCAUGAAGCCGAGGAGGACUCCAAGAUGCCUUUGUUUCCGCAAGGUGGUCCGAGCGAGUACGGAAACUACGGUGGCGACUACCGGAACGCCACCCAACCCACCUUUGACUCGACCACGACCACCACCACCACCGAGCCCAACUAUCAGAGAAACGCGACAAACAGCUGGGCAACGCCGCAGUUCUCCAACAAUUUCCCCGUGUCCGCCACUGCUUCGACGUCUGCGCCAUUCACCUUCGCCACCCCUGCGGCACUCUCUGGAAACCUCAACGGGCUGCCCUGGUCCGCUACCUCGCAGUACCGUCCGCUACCCACGAGCAUGCCUUCCGCCACCGACGCAACCCCAGAGUUCCCGGCACAUCUCACGACUAUGGAGUCCAGCGCGAGCGAGGCUGAACCUCAGGGUUCGCAGACGUCCUCGGACCAGCUCAAGAAGCCCGCUUCGUCGGCAGCAGACACGGGUACGUACACGUGCACCUACCACGGCUGCACGUUGCGCUUCGAGACGCCGCAGAAGCUGCAGAAGCACAAGCGUGAGGGCCAUCGCAAUGCCGCACCCACUUCGACUCCGGUAGGCUCGAGCAUGUCUUCGGCAGCCCUGCUCGAGCGCAAUUCUCAGGCCGGCCCUCACAAGUGCGAACGCAUCAAUCCCACCACGGGCAAGCCCUGCAACACCAUCUUCUCGCGUCCUUACGACCUCACCAGGCACGAGGAUACGAUCCACAACGCCCGCAAGCAAAAGGUCCGCUGCGCACUCUGUACUGAGGAAAAGACCUUCUCCCGCAACGACGCCCUGACCCGCCAUAUGCGUGUUGUCCAUCCUGAGAUCGACUUCCCCGGCAAGCACAGGCGCCGCGGAGCGACGCACGACUGA